AUGAGUGUAGAUGGACUUGUCAACAUCUUCUCGACCGUCAAGAAUACGCCACUCGCCAAAGACUUGCCACCGAAUUAUCGUGCUGUCCUCGAGUGGGGUCGGAUUACUCUGGCCUCGACUAUCUUUCAAAGCUUUGUCGCAUCCGACGAUGCCUCUGGGACGCUUGCUGCUCUAAAACGAUUCCACGGUCUGAUGCCCUAUUUUAUGCUCAAGGGAAUAUUGAAGAUUAGCAAUCCCAUGGCCAUGAUACGUGGAGUUAUGGAUCUCUUUAUGGCUCAGCCUUUUGGAGGCAAGAGUCUCCUCCAGCGAAUGUUCACGAGCUCGCUCUUUGAAGAAGUCGAGCCCUCCAAGAGGAUAUCGCUGCUGUUGCCGAGAAAGUGGGCGAUCCGGCAUUGUGCGAGAAA